GGUGAGAAUUUAGGAUUCCUUAAAGGAUACCAAAACGACCCAUGUAAAAUCAUAAAGAAAACAAUCGAUGCCUGGUAUUCAGAAGGCUACGAGUAUGAUUUCAGUUCCGAUGGCCCUUCCCCAAAUACAAAACAUUUUACGCAACUUUGUUGGCGCGAUACUACUCAGUAUGGGAUUGGAUAUGCAUACGAUCCAGAUCCCAGAAUAGCUUCAACCCUCCGGGCAACAUAG